GGUUAAGAUGAGUUCCUCCACUGGUGCCACUGUCAGGAAGAAAACAGAAACAAGAGUUGCAGAUGUGGCUGAGAAACUAAAAGACUGGGCAAUAAAUGAAAUGAAGUUUAAUCCACAAGGGAAAUAUGUUAAUUCUAAACUUCCUGAAUAUGAUGAUUUCAAAGAUAUCUGUCGAGGACCAAUGGCUGAAAUCUGGAAAUUUGUUACAGAUAAUGUUUAUUCUGUUCAAACAGUGAAAAAAGUGAAAGGAAACCUGGCCUUAAAAGGUCAUCAAAGGCACAGAAGAUAUGCUGUUCAGCUUCAACCGGGGUCGAAGUUCAAUGAGAGGAAGGAAGAGUUGUUUGAAGAGAGAACCAAUUUAAGCGGUCAGGUCACUAAUUGUAACUCUGAUGUCAAACAUCUAGAAAAUGAUUUACAUAGACUAGAAAAAGAUAUUCUUAGGACAGAACAUGAAUAUAAAUCAACUGUGGAUGAAGUAGAAGAUUUAGAUAAAAAAUCAUGUUUAUUAGAAGUUUUCUCCAGACAAUGCAGUGAAACAGUUUUAAAUUACGACAACUUCAGUGAGAAAAUACAGGCCAAGGCCAAAGCCAUUACGGAAAAAUUACAUGUUGAAUCAUCUGGUCAACCAUUAUUUGUCACCAAAUCUAAACCAUGUGAUACAGGUGAUAAAGGUCUGGAAACUGUCAGUGCUAAAAAUGUUCGUGAAACGUGUGAAAAACUUGAAGGUUUUUUUAAUGAAACGUUACAAGGUUCUUUCACUUCUGAUAAAACUACUUUUCAUCAAAAUAAAGAUCAGUUAUGGAGUGACGUAGAGCGAGUUUUAUCAGAGUUUAGAACACAACAGAUAGUCAGUUCUUUAAUAACAAAUACACAAGAUGCUACACUCAGUCUUCGAGAUAGAACAAAUAAAAUAAACAUCAGAAAAGAUGCAGAAAAUUUAAGAUUUCAGUAUGAACAAGGGGAGUUAACUGAUGUAUCAUUGCCUUCAACUGCUCUACAUAGUGUUAGACAAUUAAUAGAGGAAGGUCAAGUAAAACAUGUCAACAGAUUUUUUGAAUCCGAGAAAUAUAAGAAUCAAGCAUGGCGGAGCAGACAACAAUUGGAAGAAAUAAAACAAAAUAUUGAUAAAAUACUUGUACAGAAAUUUCAGGAUAAACCUGGAGAAUUGCAGUUAGCAAGAAAUCUAAUUGAUACAAAUCUGGCUCUUGCAUCGGAUAGAUCUGGUCUCCAUUGUUCUCUAUCAGAGGCAGAACAAUUACGAGAAUCUAUUAGUAAAGGAAUACAGGAAAAAGAAAUACUACAGGCCAAAUUCUACAAGAUUAAAACAUUUAAAGAUCUGACUGAACAGAAACAGAACCUAAUUCGUGUUUUAGCCAAACAAAACUUAAAUUCAAGAUCUCGUCUUGAUUCACAGCAAACAGAGAUAUCUAACUACAUUAAGAAUUCUCUAACUUCUCAUCACUCAGAUACCAAAACACUAACUGAUGGUCUUAAAAACAGGGUAUCACAAGAAAUGGAUAAAUUCUCUACAUUAUCUCUACCGUAUUUAAUAUACUUGUAUCUAGAUGGUGCUAAUAAAGUGUCUGGAUUGGACCUGUCUAUAAAUCAUUACCAUCAUCCAGCCUGUAUUGCCUCCAGGCAACCAUUACAAACUUUGAUAAAACAUUUGCACUUUCCGACUUAUAAGGCACCAGAAUGUUUGUUACCAUGGUGUUUAAGUAUGAAAACAGAAACAGAUAGUUAUAAAAGUUUAAUGGUUUCACAGAAUACAGCCAGUAGACGAGUUUAUGGUCUUCAAGAUAGAAUAGAUACCAUAGAAAAUAUUACAGCUCAAAUAAAAGAAAAUACUUUAGAAUUGUGUAGUAAAGUAUCAGAACAUGAUAAACAUCAAAUAGAAACAUUAUUACCUCUACUACAGAAGAGUAUCACCCUGGCAACCAAAGGUUUAAAAGAUUGUAGCCAAUUAAAUGAAGAUAUUCAAGCUUGGAUUGAUCAACCAGCCCAGUUUUCUACUCCAUGGCUGAAACAUGAUAAAUACACAUUUAAACAGUUACUAGAGAGAUGGACUGUCUUAUGUACCAGACUCCGACAAAUACAACUACAGAAAUCUGGGGAUACAUAAAUUAUUCCUAAUAUAUAGUCCAGUCCAGAGUUCUCACACCUAACCAUCUGAUGGAAGAACAAUUACUAUUAUUAAUUUAUUUAUGCAGCGUUUCGAAGAGUAUACUCUCAACGUCCCCUAAAGAAUUCUCUUCGAAUUAAAGCAAAUUAGUAAUUCUUCUUCCUUAGGUAUGUGUCCAACUGGAGUUCAUUUCUAUCCAGGUACUAGUUGCCUCUGAGAGGUUUGUAACUUUAUGGGCGAUGCAGGAUGACCAUAUAGAGUUGUUAAUAUUAUUGAAAUAUUUUUUCACCUUACCUUAGUGUAAAUAUUUUCUGGUAUAUUUGUUAAUGUAUGAUAUUGUUAGUUAUUAUUAACUAUCAAUUGGUUUAAAUGCAUUUUAUUACUGUAAAGUAAAAGGAUUGGACAAAAGUUACAUAAACAUACAAA